UUGGUGCUGGAAAAGAUCUGGAUAUAUGCAGAAAACGACGUCGUAUGAAGAUGUAAUCCCGCGGCGACAAACGGAAACCACCUUCCAUGUCUUGAAUCCUCUUUUCUCAAUUCCGUUCUUCUUCGUCGUCUUCUUCUCUCUUUGGCUACUACUCAAUAUAAAUAAUUAUUUUGAACAAAAAAAAAAAGCAUUCAAACCCGCAAUAAAAACAUGAUCUUCAGAUAGCAUUGGAGUGAGUCACCUCAAGAAAAAACCCCAAAAAAAAGUGAAAAAGGGCAAAAAAAAAAGAAAAAAAAAAAGAGAACUUUCAGAACCCCAUUUGCAAUUCUAGUGUGAUUCUUAUUGUUGGAUUUGAUUUUAAUUCAAUCUGAAAAGCUACCAAUAUUUUUCUCCAUCAGUUACCGGAGCAAAAAAUCCAAACCCUCCCUACCUCCCUCCACGUUCUUCUUCUUCUGCACUUUGAAGUUCUGAAUUUUCAGAAAAGUGGUUGCAAAAAAGGAAAAAAAAAAAGGUUUGUUAUUAUUGUUGUCAAUGGAGAGCACUAGCAAUACCAACACCAACACCAACAACAAAGAGAGUAGUAGUAGUAGUAGUGGGAGGGUUCGGUUGUCAGAGGUGGUGGCAGAUUGUGUUAAGAGGUGGUUUAGGGAUACAAUGAAGGAAGCUAAAGCUGGAGAUGUUAGCAUGCAGGUCUUGCUUGGUCAGAUGUACUGUAGUGGUUAUGGUGUUCCCAAAGAUCCCCAAAAGGGAAGAGUUUGGCUGACCAGAGCAUCAAAGACUCGUUCGUCGGUUUGGAAAGUUGGUGAUAAGCGUCCAGGUUACAAUGCUAGUGACUCUGAUUCUGAUGAAAUGAAGGAGGAUUCUUAAGGAAAUUUAAUUUGGUUUCGUGUCUGAAAUUGUGAAAGGUGUCUCUGGCAUUCUCAUCCCAUUGUGUAUGUUGAUGUAACUUAGUUUACCUUGCCAUAUAUGGUUUCAAUUUUCGGAUGAUUUGUUUAUUCCUUUUGGUUUAUGAAAAAAGAAGGGGGAAAAAUAGUAAAGGAAAAGAAAAUUAAUGCUCCUAGUUUGGAGGACAGGUGUAAAAAUCAUUCUGGGUUAUGUGGUUAGGACUUUAAUUACCCAGCAAUUUACUUAAAUAUAAGUUUUUUUUUCUGUUAAUUAUAUAA